AUGUCGGCCUUCAGAAAGCAAAGUUUGGCCGAUUUUCGCAAGAUUGACAAGAUUGGAGAAGGUAAUAUUGUUAUACUUCAUUUUAGCUUUAUUUCUGAAUUUUUCAAUCAUUUUUGGUAACUUUGGAACGUAUUUUUAAUAUUAAAUCUUUAUUUUUGUUUUGAGGAAUGUAUUUCAGGUACGUAUGGCGUGGUUUACAAAGCCCAGUCUUUGAAGUACCACAAUUAUGUGGCCAUGAAGAAGAUCCGUCUUGAGAAUGAUGAAGAAGGGGUUCCGCCAACGGCCAUCAGAGAGAUUUCCAUGCUCAUCGAGCUAAAACAUCCUAACAUUGUGGAGCUGCAGGAUGUUAUUAUGCAGGAGAAUCGACUGUAUUUAGUGUUUGAGUUUCUCACGAUGGAUUUGAAAAAGUUUUUGGAUACUUUACCAGAUGACGAGCCGGUGGAAGUGCCGGUAAUCAAGAGCUUUUUGUUUCAGGUAGGUUAAUAUUUAUUUUUCUUUGUUUGUCGAAAGUAUCUUUGUUAUUGCUUUCGGUAACGUUUUGAAAGUGAUAAUUAUGGCUUUUAGUAAUACCUAAAAAUUAUAUUUUACUGAUUCAAAUUUAUUUUGAGUUUCCUUUUUAAUUUGAAAUUAUAUUGUUUUAGAUGACACAAGCUUUAUGUUUCUGCCAUCAAAGAAGAGUUUUGCACAGAGACCUGAAACCACAGAAUAUUCUUGUCGAUGUUCCUAACAACACAGUCAAAAUAGCAGAUUUUGGAUUGGCUCGUGCUAUUGGUAUUCCGGUCAGAGCUUAUACUCAUGAGGUAAGUCGACAUUUUUUUAUUUUUGGUUUACUUUUGUGAAGAUAAAGGAAUGAAUCGUUUUUAAUUUUCUUACAAUAGGUUUGUUACCUUUUUUUGGAUAAAGUUUGGUUAAAUUAAUUCUAAUAUUGAUGUUGUUAUACAAGUCAAUUGUUGUUUUAGAUUGUAACACUUUGGUAUCGUUCUCCUGAAGUAUUACUCGGUUCACCAAGGUAUUCGACCGGUGUAGAUAUAUGGAGUGUCGGCUGUAUAUUUGCUGAAAUGGUCCGAAGACGAGUACUAUUCCCUGGAGAUUCCGAAAUCGACCAGUUGUUCCGUAUCUUCAAAACCUUGGGAACACCGAACGAAGAGAAUUGGCCUGAUGUACGAAGUUUGCCAGAAUACAAACCCUACUUCCCUUCUUGGAAUGAGAAUGUGUUAUCAACUCGUCUGGGAGAAGGAAUCAUUGACGACGUUGGAUUGGAAUUGUUAUUGGUAAGUUAUGUUAUUUAUCUGAAAAAGUUCAGAAUGGAUGUUAUAUUUAAAUUUAAAACGAAAAAUGGCAGCUUUGAGGUAUUUUUGUUAAUGAUUUUAUUAGGUGCCGACAUAAAGAACCCGCCAUUUUUUACAGGCAAAGUAUGGCGGGUUUUUUAUGUUGUCACCUAAUAUUUGCUUUCGUUGAUAUUGUUAAUAAUUUGGGUAUGUUAUUGAUGGCUCUUUUAGAAAAUGUUCGAGUAUGAUCCCAUGAACAGAAUCAGCACACGAGACAUUCUCAACCACCCAUACUUUGACGAUCUUGAUGCUUCAAAAUUACCCGCAGGCAACUAUAGAGGAAAGCUUCAGUUACCUGAUCGAACUAAGGAUUCAGAAAUCAUUGUAGUUUAG